AUGCAACGCUACAUGGCAAUCAAAUCCGCAAAUCUGCCCUCAGCUGUUGCCGCUCCACGAACUCGGGAGUUUCGAUGCCCACCGAAUGUGCAAAUCCGCAAUCUCCUCUACAUGCCUGGUCCAGGAGGGCCCUCGGGUCUUCUGGAAGAGGUUGGAUCGUCAAGUGAGGUUGAAGCACUCUCUGCGCUAGAGCUUGUUGACGGUGCUGAUGCUCUAGUGGUUGAUGGGUGCUCCAAAAAUCCUUGUGCGGAGGAUAUUAAGGCAAGUUGA